AUGGACUAUUGCAAGCCAAACAAAAAAUCCGCUAAUCCGGAGAAAAACGGUAACUGCUUUUUGAAUUUAUUUUUCUUAUAUACAAAGGACGUUUUCAUCAAUGGUUACAAAACUGAGCUCACACAAAAUGAUAUAUACGAAGUGCUUCCAGAACACAAAUCAAAAACAUUAGGAGAUAAAUUAGAAAAGGAAUGGAAGAGACAACUUUUAAAAGUCAACCCGUCAUUAGUUGUCAGUGGUAAUGUGAUAAAUCUGAUAACCAGAGAUGUGAACGAAUUUGAAGAAGCGAUAUAUAGAAUAACCAACACGAUAAGAGACCUGUGUGUGCUUGUGACAGUUUGUUUACUUCUAUAUUCAGAAAAUGGGUGGUUAUUUCUCAUACUCAUCGCAAUAAUUUUUGUUAUCAUGUUGAUCAACACAUGUCUAGCUAUCUCAGUGAAUAAACUUAAACUGAAAUCUUUGACCAAAACUGAUGAAAGAUAUCAGUUAAUAAAAGAAGCAUUAGGUGCAAUAAAAGUCAUAAAAAUGAACCUUUGGGAAAAAAGUUAUGAAAAAAAAAUUGCCAAAAUCAGGAAUGAAGAAGUUCAUCUUAUACGCAAUGUAAACAUACUGCUAUUUCUAAAAUUAGUACACUCUGAAUCAAUUCACAACGCAUCGUGGUAUAUACUUGUGGCAGUAUCCAUAUGGUUUAGGAUCCAAUCAAAUGCCGGAACGUUAUUUCUUAUAAUGAACAGUCUAAAUGCUAUUUCUGGUGCUUUAAAUCGCAAUUUUCCAGCAGCGUUGCACGAAGUAGCUACAUUAAUCGCAGUAUUUAAACGAAUUGGACAGACACUUCGAAUAAACAGUGAAGAAUCAUUAAACUUUGAAGACAACAAUUGUGCACGAAAAAUUAAACUGAAUCUGAAAAUUUACACUGCAAAUAACGAUACACUAUUAACUUUGAGAAACUGUAACAUUGCAAGAGGAAUAACAACAAUUAGAGGGCCUGUUGCAAGUGGUAAAAGUCUUUUGCUAAAAGUUAUCAUUAAAGAAUACAGAAAUAUAGAAGGCGACUUAGAAGUCGUUGGGAGCAUUUCUUACGCAUCUCAAGAACCCUGGCUUUUUCCAUCGACCAUCAAACAGAACAUCUUAUUUGGAAGUAGUUACAAUGAAAAUCGUUAUUUAGAAGUUUUACGAGUUUGCGCUCUACUUGAAGAAUUACGAUUCUUAAGCGAUGGUGAUUCUGCUUUUGUAACUAACGGAGGAGCUAAUCUAAGUAAAGGACAACAAGCUAGAAUAAAUUUAGCGCGAGCUGUUUAUAAAGAACGUGAUAUAUAUUUAUUAGAUGAUUGUCUGAGUAGUUUGGAUGCGAUUGUUGCAGAUUUUGUAUUUGAACAAUGCAUUAAAACAUUUCUGAAAGACAAAAUAGUGAUCUUAGUUACUCCAUCCAUUAAGUACGCCAACAGGUCAGAUAACGUCAUAACAACAAAAAAUGGUAAAAUGCAAAACUCACACCCUAUCCAGUGUGACAUUCCAAAAAGUGUGGAAAUAAAAAGGAUGAAAUAUAUUGAAGCAGAUAUAACAAGAAGCCAAAAAGAAGAGUCAACUGAGGAAGAAAACUUUAACCAUGAAACCCCAUUGCUUAAAAAAAGCAAAGAGACCAGAGAACUGUACACAGAAACAAAAGUACAAGGAAAAGUACAAUUCGAUACCUAUAAAAACUAUAUUGAAGUAAAUGGAGUAUUCGCACAAAUGUUCUACUUAAAAACCGGAAAUGCUUUAAAACGACUAGAAUUCUUAACUCGAAGUCCUUUAAUUGGGUACAUAAAUGCAACUUUAGACGGACUGACAACCAUAAGAACCUCAAGAAUGCAAGACACAUUACGCAAAGAGUUUGACCAACAUCAAGAUUUGUAUGCUUCCUGUUCCUACUUAUAUAGAUGUUGUGAAAAAGCAUUUCAUUUUGUGGUAGCAACCGACGAAAUUUUUCUCCUUAUUUUUGCAAUUAUCCUUUUCUUAGCACUAAAUGACAAAACGGCAGCAGCAAAAAUUGGACUUGUUUUGUCACAAAUAUAUAAACUGACUAAUACGCAACAUUUGCUAUACCGUAUGGUAACCAGACUUGAGAAUCAAAUGAUAACAGUAGAAAGAGUUUUGGAAUACACUAAACAAAAGCAGGAAAACAAAGAUGGUUUAGUAGUAGAACACUGGCCCAGAGAAAGUGAAAUACGAUUCAAAGACGUGUAUCUUUCUUACAAAAGCGACCAAAACUAUAUUUUAAAACACUUAAACUUCACCAUCAAAAAUAAAGAAAAAAUGGUCAUCGUUGGAAGAACUGGCUCAGGAAAAACAUCUUUGAUUUCUACGCUCGUUCGACUUUAUGAUUUCGAAGGAAACAUUUUUAUUGACAACGUAGACAUCAAAGCACUUCCAAUAGAUUUCCUCAGGUCAAAAAUAUCUGUAAUUCCACAAGAACCUACUAUAUUUUCGGGAACGGUACGUGAGAAUAUUGAUCCGACAAGACAAUAUUCAGAUGAUGAUAUUUGGAAAGUUAUUAGAACCGUGAAUCUAUCAAAGUUUCACAAUUUGGAUGAGAAAAUUGACAGGGAUUUGAGUGUUGGCCAAAAGCAACUGAUUUGUUUGUGUAGAGCUCUCAUUCGUCGUAACAAAAUUGUCAUUUUUGAUGAAAUUAAGGCUAGUGCUGAUUUGGAAACUGAAGCUCUGAUACAAAAAAUAGUUUCAGAAAACUUUGCUGACUAUACAGUCAUUGCAAUUAUCCAUAAAUUACAAUAUAUUCUAAAUUUUGAUUUAGUGUUAGUUGUAGAUAAAGGUGUCAUAAUUGAAUCUGGGGAUCCAUCUAGCCUGCUGAAAAGAAAAAACGGCAUGUUAAGGAACUUGUUUAGUAGACAGUGA